GGUUACCAUAGUAACGACGCCCAGGAGUUAAUUUAGCUAUCUAACUACUAGUUAGUCUCACUUAUCUGGCGAUUUAACUGUUUUUUUCGACUUCAAUACACAACAAUGUCUAAAAAGAGACAAAAAGAGAAAACGGAGAAGGCUAUUGCUGAGGAGGAAGCCUUGAAAAAUGCAGGGCCAAAUCCAAAUGAAAAACCGCGAGCUAAGACCUUUGAUGAAUAUCAUUGCUUGGGCAAUGUGGAGAUCGACUUCCCGAGGCUUUGUGCUCUUCUGUACAUGAAGGAUAUCCCAGCUGUCAGCACGGUGAACACAGCUUCAGCAGCUCACUUCUUUGUACCUUCAGAGGACAUCCGCUCACAUAGAAAUGCUACAACUAUCUGGUCUAAGCCGUGCCUCAAAGUGGAGCUGGAGAAUGAAGACCCCCUCAGCGCAAAGAACCUGAGGGUUUUUGGGUGGAAGGUAAAUGAGCAGAUUUCCAGAGUGCUGCAGAAGAUGCUUCUCUCCUUGAGCAAGCUCCAGAGCCUUCAGUUUUGGCAGGCGGGACUGACAGAUCGAAUGGUAAUCUCCCUCAUGAACACAAUAUCGCUGUGCUCCAACCUCAGAGCUGUGACAUUGGAGGGCAACUAUCUUCCAGAGCGGAGCUUCCACCUUCUCCUCUCUGAAGACAGCGUCCUCACUCACCUGUCCCUGAGAAACAACGGGAUAGGAGACAAGGGCGCUCGUCUAAUUGGGUCAGCUCUCUCAACAACCAGAUCAACUAACAAGAACCUCUUGUCACUCAACAUGGCCUUCAAUUCUAUCGGUGAUGCAGGUGCGACACAUAUCGCACAGGGCCUGCGGUUGAACCGCACUUUGCUCUGUCUCUCACUGUCCAACAAUCAGAUUGGAGACUCGGGAGCUGCUCAUCUGGCUGUGGUACUUGGCGAGUUUGCUCUCACUCAUGAAGAAGUUGUGGAGAGGAGGAAGAUGCUUCUGGAAAGAACGCAGGCUGCAUCUUUAGAUGCUGACCAGCCUGCUGAGCAACUUGUCUCGGUAACCAGCAGCAGUUCACUGAGCAUCGGCAAAGGGGAGAGCAAAGGGAAAAAAAAGGAAACAUCCAAAAAAGAUGAGAAACCAGCUGCCAACAAAGAGAACCCAAAGUCUAACAAGAAAUCUUCUGAUAUAAAGGCGUCUCACAGCAAAAGUGGCAAGCAAGUGGGCAAAGAGAAACAGCAAUCUGCACAGGAGGUCCGCAAAUCAAGUACUUCCCUGAAUGAGCAGGCAGAGCCGGUGGAGAUAGUGAACCCCCUGCUGGACCAGUCGGUGCAGUACAGUGACGGUGAUCUUAUUCUGCCUGGAAACAGGACUCUCACCUCCCUCAACCUGGCAGGAAACAGAAUUACAGAGAAGUCACUGCCUCUUUUCCUGACAUCACUGGAGAUGCAGAGUGAGAGAGGAGGCCUAAUGCGUCUCUGUCUGCAGAGAAACCGCUUCCCAGCUGAGUGUGAGUGUUAUGUGAAGAUAAAGGAACGGAUGGCACUCACAGAUCCACUCAAAAAACACAUCUCUGAACAGAGAGAAGAGGAGGAACGGGGCAGUUCUUUCUGAGAGAACUAAUCUACGACACAUUU